AAAAAGUGACUUUUGCUUUCACUUUGAUCACUAAAAUGAUGGGAGGCCAGAUGGAGAAGGAAGAAUUUCCUCUAACCGAAUUACCCAAGGAAGUUUUUGAAAAUAUUCUGUCGUUUCUUCCAGGAAAAGAUCUGCUACUUGUGUGCAGUAGGGUAAACAGAGAGUGGAAAACUGCCAUUGAAUCUCAGAGUUUGUGGCACUUAAAAUGUCAGAGAUUGGAGAUACUGUUUGCGGAUCUCCUUCAUAAUCAUGAUGGACCAUUUGACUUCAAACAGUAUUAUUUUAAAAAUCCUUAUACCAGAAAUCUGUUGAAAAACUCAAAAGCUUUAGAAGGAGUAAAGUACUGGUCGCUGACACCUCUUGGUGAUUACUAUCGUAAUGAGACAAUGUUUAUAAAAGAAGAUCAACCACAUGGUUCUGAACCAUUACAUAAGUUUAUAGGAAAGAAUUUUGGAGACAUACAGAAUUGGGUGACAUCAUACAUAUACUCUUCUAGAGAACAGAUGAUCGAUCUGAUUGCUGAAGGUUGCCAUAGCCAUAUUUUGGACCAUGUUAGACCGCCUAUUGUCAUCUCAGAAUGGUAUGCAGCAAGGUUUGAUUGUGGAUCAGAAUUUGAUAUGGAAGUGAAAAUGUUUGCUGAAAACAAGGAAGAUUUAUUAGAUAGUCAUCAAUUCAACUGCAAUUUAAAUGCAGGAAGACAAUGGUUUCAGAUCAGACAUGUUUUUAAUGCCUAUCCGCCAGGUGUUCGAUAUAUUCACUAUCGUCAUGCAGGGAAAGACAGGAAAUUUUGGGCUGGCCAUUAUGGUGUAAAAAUGGCUCUACCUACAGUGCAAUUUCAAAUGAAUAAUCUGUGAUACUUCUUGGCAAGAUGAUUGUUUUAACUUUAUAUUACCUUCCAUGUACAGCAAUGUUUAUACUAGUUCAAAUUUUGCAACAAUACUCAUUAUUUUAUUCUUAAAAUAAAUUGAACAGAUACCAAUAUAUUUAGCAGUAAUAGAAAUGUUCUCAAAGAAUAUGUAUUUAUAAAAAGUACUUAUAUUUGGAUAACUUAGUAUUGAUGGCAGAUCCUUCAUACUUUCUUUUUAAUUUAUUCACAACUUUUAUAAACUUUGGACAAUUUAGAGCCAUAUAUAUUGUUUAGAGCCAUAUAUAUUAAAUAGAGCCAUAUAUAUUGUAUAGACAUCUGUCUUGUGAAAGGCUGUAUGUUGACCUCUACAUUACUUUUGGUUAUAUGUUUUUUUGGGGUUGCUGUCUUAUUGAUAUUUACCCCCAAAUCUCCAUUAUUCAUAUUGAUUAAAACAAAAUCAUGAAAAAAGUAUAGACUAUUUACCAAAAUAAAAAAAGUACAAACACAGCAAUGGAAUAACUUUAAAGAUGUACUGCCAACUGGUCAAUAUGACAUACAUUUAAAGUUAUAUUGACUUACUUUUUAACCAGAUUUUUGAAGGAAAGAUUUUGUUAUUUAUUUGGUGAUGUAUGUCGACAGUUUCUGUGCAAUAACUUAUGAACUGCUCAACCAAUGCUUUUCAAAUUUUGAUAUGUUGAUACUGAUGACAAAAUGGAGGUCAAGUUUUAUAUUUUGAAGAUUUUCAUCUUUUACCCUUCAGGAGUUAUGGUCCUUGAUCUAUGGAAAAUGGCACUUUAUGUGGUUUCCAUGCAAUUACUUAUAAACCACUGGUUUUAAAAUUACUGAUCAGGAGUUAUGCAACUAGAUUAUCAUAAUGAAAUGUGCUUUUGUUUAAACAUAAUGUCAUAGACUUUAUACAACAAGUGAAGCGUGAUUUUUGACAGAUCUAAAAUUUACUAACAAAGACCAAAAGUUAAGCCCUUAAUUUUCUGUAAAUUUUUUUUUUAUGCUUCCAGAUGGCAGUAAAUAUUCAACCUGACAAAAUUUUUUUUGAAUUUAAACACCACAAUGUCAAAUAGCCCAUAAUAUACAGGUCAAGUUCAAGUUUGACACAUGACAUCUAGGGUAUCACCUAACUAUAGUAUUUAUUUAUGUAUAUAGUUGUUGUAAUUUAUUAUGCUGUUCAUGCUUGCCUAUUUUUGUACUGUGACGAGACUCAAUGCCACACACCCAAAGUGUCCAUUACUGAAGCAUCAACAAAUCUCCAUAGUUUCUCUGGUUCCUUUUUUUUUAACCUUCCACUAUCAAAUAUGGGUAAUUUUAGAAAUUAAUGGUAUUAUCUUCAUGAAAAAUGAGAUAGGAAGAUUCUUGCAAUCAUUUUACUUGCAUUUUAUUUUUUCCUUAAGUAAUUCAUCUGCAACAAUGAGUAUAGGAAUCACAUUGAUUCAUCAUGCCAUAUUUGUGGUUGUCAAGGAUUGCAACAAUGGGUAUAGGAAUCACAUUGAUUCAUCAUGCCAUAUUUGUGGUUGUUAAGGAUUGCAACAAUGGGUAUAUGAAUCACAUUGAUUCAUCAUGCCUUAUUUGUGGUUGUCAAGGAUUGCAACAAUGGGUAUAGGAAUCACAUUGAUUCAUCAUGCCAUAUUUGUGGUUGUUAAGGAUUGCAACAAUGGGUAUAGGAAUCACAUUGAUUCAUCAUGCCUUAUUUGUGGUUGUCAAGGGUUGCAACAAUGAGUAUAGGAAUCACAUUGAUUCAUCAUGCCAUAUUUGUGGUUGUUAAGGAUUGCAACAAUGGGUAUAGGAAUCACAUUGAUUCAUCAUGCCUUAUUUGUGGUUGUCAAGGAUUGCAAUAAGAUUCAAGCAUUAAAUUCUGAGUUAAUGUCCAUCAGGUGUCUUUUGCCAUCUUUGAUUGUAAAAUAGCAGAAAAAAAUCAGUCUAGAUCUUUAAUGAAAUAUUUUGAAUCAGAUUUUUCUUAAGAAUUGAAUGCUUCUUUUUGUAACUUCAUUGGGGUGUAAAAGCGUUGACCAAAGUACAUUUUGUAUGAAGCGCAAAAGCGCUUCAUUCUGAAAAUGUGCGCACGGUCAACGCUUUUACAACCCUAUGAAGUUACAAAACGAAGCAUUCAAUACUUAUAAUUACAUUUUUUAGCUAGGAUCAUGAAAACACGAUUUUUAUCAAGUUUUUAUUUAAUUUACCUGUGCACUUUAUUGUGGGACCUCAUGUCAUCAUGAAUGAUAAUUUCAUUGUGUAAUGAAGUUGAUUAAGGAAUAACGCGAGAUUGCAGUUAGCCAAUCAGAAUAACGUAUUAUAAUGAAACAUACAUCUAAUGUAAUUAUAUCUGAAUGAAGAAAAUUAUGUGUUUUUUUUGUUUACUAUAACGGCUGUAGAUGGAAAAAAAGCUCAAAGACCCAUACUUUUUGUUAUAUUUUUGAAAAAAAGCUUGAUAUAAACUACAUUUUGGCAAAUUAUUGAAAAUAUCUUAAUGGUUUAAAUUUGGACCCCCCAUCUACCUUAAUAGUGAAUUCAAAUUUAUUUACUUUCUUUUGAAAUGCAGAUAUAUAAAAUUUGGUUCUCUUCAUAGUGUAAUCAUAUGUUUGAACUAUUGUUUUCUGUGUAAUGUUUUGUGGAGGUUGUUUGUCUCUGCUUCAGAAUAUCAUGUGAUAUCAUGUGAUAUUGUCACUAGUUCUUCUCAGGAAAUCAUUGCUUAAAUGCUAUAUAUGUACAAUAUUUAUGUUUAGUUGAAUUAAUCGAAGUACAGAUUUUCUUUGAUGUCUGAGACUAUGAUAGUUAUUGAUGAUUUAAGUUGUUAAUGAAUUUUACUGUUGAUGUUUUUAUUGAAAAGUUUCAUUGUUUAUUUUAUAAUUUUAUGGUACAGAAAUUAAUUUUUCCUUUGAUAAUAAUAUCAUUUGAAAUUAUAAACCCAAUCUCAAAGAAAGUCAUAAUUCUUACAAAACACACAAUUAUUAUGAAAAAUUAAGUAUAUUAUGACCUUAAAGAUUUAUUUUACAUACUAAUGCAAUAACAUUAACUGUAACAGUUUUGCUGCAAAAUAAGAAUUGGUUUAAUAAACAUGUACCCAUGUAAAUUAUAAAAAAAGACAAAACUGAAAAUAUUAAAUUUUCCUCUCAAAUUUGUGAUGCUCCACUUAUGAACACAUAUCUCAAAGAGAUCUUUGAUCUUUGAUCUGUGAUUAUAUUUGUAUAUAUACAAAUGUAUUUGUGCAUACCUUUUUCUUGAUAUUUGAAUACAGUAAUGUUAUUUUCUACAAAGAUGUUAUCCUUACUUCCACUUAUAUCAGACCUUUAUGUUAGAUAAUGAUAUAAGUUCAUAGUGUAUAUGAAUUAUUUCUAAAAAAAUAUAAAAUCAUAUUUAUGUUGUCAGAAGUAAAAAGUUCUUUUAACUGGUUAUCUUCUCAUUCCAUAACUCCUUUUGCUAAUUUGACAAAUUGCCUAGAACAAAGACUUUUCAAAUAAAAAUACAACAUUGUCAACAAAAAAUUACAGUUAUGAUCAUUAAAAACUCAAAAAUGAUUGCCUUUCUCGUUAAGGUACAUAUACUUACUGACCAUGCACUGAAAUAAGAAUGGUAUUUGUUUUGCUCUUAGUGUCAAUAUUUGAAAGCAGUUAAAACCAUGUAAAAUUUAAAAUUAAUCAACCUUCAUAUUGGUCUACAAUUUUGAGAGUGCCUCAAAGAAGUUGAGGAAGAAUAAUUUAAAGUACCCUCAGCAUCCAUGUACACAUCUACUUCCAUCAUUUUAAUUUUUGGGACAAUUGCUUGCCUUUAACCAUCACACAUUGUAUGAAGGUGUGACUAAGUAGACUUACUAUACAAUAAAAGGAGGUCUUAUGACCCAUAUUUUGUUUUA